AACUAUAAGCCUAAUUAAAUACCUAUUAGCGGGGUUUAUAAAUUAAGGUGUGCAUUUGGAUACUUUCUUUGAAAUACCUAUUAAUAUUCAUGAUAACUUAUAGUUAAUCUGGCAAUUGCGAUCAAUAUGAUUCUGUCAGAGCCUAACCUUCUAUUUUGGUGCUAGUGUGGAGCCUAACUUUAAUAAAUUUUGGAAGUGACCACAAUUAUGUUAUUACAUACGUAUAUCGUAAUGAAGCUAGCUCUUACAUUGUACUUGUACAAAGGUAAAUUAUACUCUAUGAUUGUAGAGAUUGGAUGCUGGAGGUUUUGCCGCAAAAAACUAACCCAUCAGGCCUGACAGAGACUACAGAGGCUCAGAUCGAAUGAUAAAUUAAAACAGAACUUGUUUAUGUAUUACCAGGAGUUUGGUCAAAUAUAUGUAGCUCUUAAUCUACGUUAGAAGUUAACUGAUAUAUAUACACAUAACAGAAGUUUAGGCCAAAGGAGCUGGCUAUUGCUUGAUUUACACAAUAUACUCCUCAAAGAGCUUUUAUAGGUUGCCGACAGUAUAGAAUUUUUUUUUUCAUCCGUCGGUGAAUAUUACCAUCCCAUUCAUUCUUUUCUUAUUUAUCCAGUAAUUUUCCAAAUUCCACUACAGUUUUUGGCUGUAGAAUUAAAUGCUUUGUAGUCAUACAUGACUAUUGGUUAAUAAAACCAAUAUUUCUACUAUCAUUAUAAAAUACCCCAGCAGAUAGCCUUGCAUGCAAAAGUUUGUUGGAUCAGCAAGAAAUACCUUACAGAACUUGCUCCUCUGCAUUUUCAAUAUUCUGAAAUCAUAAACUGGAGCCCCUUGCAGUUGAUUGAUCAGCAUGGAUACUGGUCAUCAGAAUCGCGGUGGAUGGAUCACCUUCCCCUUCAUUAUAGCAAGUACAGCGGCCUUAUCACUUGCUGCUGGAGGAUGGAUGUACAAUCUUAUGGUUUAUCUCAUACAAGAAUUCCAUAUUAAGAGCAUUGAUGCUGCUCUCAUAUUCAACCUAGUUAAUGGCUGCACUAGUUUGAUUCCUGUCGUCGCUGCUAUUGUAGCUGACUCGUUUCUUGGCUGCUAUGCUGUUGUCUGGAUAUUUUCCGUCAUCUCUGUCUUGGGGAUAAAAUUUUUAUACCUAAUUUCAUCACUACAUUGCUUGAGGCCUCAACCAUGCCAAGAAUUAGAAAGCUUGUGUAAAUCCCCGACAAAUCUGCAAUUUACAGCACUAUACACAGGUAUAAUACUAGCAUCUAUAGGCACAGGCGGUGUUCGGUCCACUAUUACAACAAUGGGAGCUGAUCAGUUUGUGAAGCCAAAAGAUCAACAAGUUUACUUUGACUGGUACUUUGUCGCGACCAGCCUCGUUUCUGUAAUAGCAGCCACAGCCAUGGUUUACAUCGAAGAUAAUUUGAGUUGGGCAACAGGGUUUGGUUUAUCUGUCGCUGCAAAUUUAUUUGGUUUAUUAAUUUUUUUGCUUGGCACCCGCUUCUAUUACCGUCCCAAGUUAGACAAGAGUCCCUUUACAGACAUUGCUCAUGUGAUUGUUGCAACAAUUCGGAAAUGGAAUGUGCCAUCAUCGUCCAAAUCUGAGGAAUACUAUUGUGGUCAUGAUGCAAAGAUGAAGAAGAUGAAAGCAGAACCUACCAAGAGCUUUAGGUUCUUGAAUCGCGCAGCUCUGAUAACCAAUGGCAAUGUUGAUCUGGAGGGCUCAAACGCAGACCCGUGGACAACAUGCACAGUCUCACAAGUUGAAGAGCUUAAAACCCUCAUCAAAAUAUUCCCCAUCUGGCUUUCAAAUAUUCUCUUAGGCACUGCAAUUGGCGUCCAAAGCAGCUUAUCCAUCCUUCAAUCUCUAACAAUGGAUCGUGGAAUCACUCACCAUUUCAAAAUCCCAGCAGCAUCAGUCCUGGUCUUCGUACUAAUCUCCACAGCAAUCUCUCUCACCAUUUUUGACAGGUUUCUCAUGCCUGCAUGCAAAAAAUUGUUCAGCCUAACCCUGAGUCCUCUGCAACGCAUAGGCACAGGCCACAUACUAAUAGUCAUCAGCAUGGCUAUAUCAGCAGUCGUCGAAACAAAGAGGAGAAAUGCAGCUGAAUCAGGGAAUCUUCUAGAACGUUCAAUGGUGGUGCCAAUGUCGGUAUUUUGGCUAGUACCACAACUAGCUAUUACAGGAAUCGGUAAUGCAUUUCAAUUUCCAGGACAAAUAAAUUUGUUCUACCAAGAGUUUCCAGCAUCACUAAAAAGUAUGUCAACUGCGUUGAACCAUCUGGUGAUCGCGAUAUCGUUUUUCAUGAGCAGCGCACUGAUGGAUCUUGUUAGGAAGGUGACCAACUGGUUACCCGAUAAUAUAAAUAAUGGGAGGCUACAGAAUGUGUACUGGAUGCUGGUUCUAAUUGGGCUGAUAAAUUUUUGUUAUUACCUAGUCUGUGCUUGCUUGUACAAGUAUCACAAUGUUGACAAGGUUGAAGAGAAGUCAUGUCAUGAGUAAUUGUAGUUAUCGAAUACCAGAAAUUGUAUUAUUGAACUUGGAGAUGACAAAGAGGAUACUAAGGUUGUUCUUUUAGUUUCAACAAGUUACAGCUUGCACUUCAAUAAAGCAUAACAUAUGUUUGUGA